AUGCACCUUCCCCAUACCGCCAUCGUUCAAGUUGUCAAAGAUUAUUACGCUGGAGUUGACAGUAGGGAUGCCGAUCGCCUCGCCUCUCUAUAUCAUCCUUCGCGGUGCUCCCUUCAAUUUAAUGCCGACCCAGCGCUUGUUGGACUAGAAGCAAUUCGAUCCUUUUCGGCUAAUUUCUUCAACGCCGUCCUCAAAAUUCAACAUGAGAAAGUCGAAGUUUGGUCACAGCCAUUGUUAGGAGGCGUGCUACCUACCCGAGAAGAGAUGGAUGAUCAGGACACAAUAACAGUGGCGUCCACAGCUCUGCCAACAUUCACCGUGACUGGCAAUGACGGAAAACAAGCAGUUGUGACGGUCCCGGCCUGUUCAAUCUUCACCAUCCAUGCGCAGACAAAAAAGAUCGUACGUGUCCACAAUAUGUUCGACUUGAACAAGAUUUAUACCGCGAUGAAACCUGUCUAG